UGUCUCUCAACAUCAUAUCCAGCAAAGCAUUGCAAUGAAGAUUACUAUAUUGCUCUGUGCAGUGGCAACUAUAGCUUCGGCUGUGCCAACGAACUACCACGAUAACCUUCAAGAUCAGGAGACUGUGCUUGAGAAUCUUCCCACGAUCAUACAAAGGGAGAAAAAAUCUCCGCUUCACGACCACCAUGCUACUGGAUUGACACUGGAAGGAGCGGAAGAUAAACUGACUCAAGGCACGCCCAAAUCAGGCUCCAGGUUAUCACCCACGGAAGGAAGAAGCUUUGGCUUCCAAAAACCAAUAAUUGUGAAAAAGAAAAUUGGCUACCAUGUAUACCGCGACUCCGAUGAAGAAAUGGCUCAUGCUGACCCACACGAAAAUUGCAGGAAGCAAGUUAAAGUAAAAUUAUGUGACGAGGAACCUGGGUCACCAAAAAAUAUGGUAAGCUGUUUUACAUCGGAACGACUAAAGGAAGAAAUUUCUGAGCAAGAAAUAGAAAACAGUAUCAAGACAGCAAAAGAAGCAGUUGAAAACUUGCAGCGUGGUUUCCAUAAAAUGGAGCAUAAUUCAGCAAAACUGGUAAACAUAGAGGAUAAAGAGUUAGAAGAUGAUUCAGCAGUUCAUCAACACAUUGAAGCAGCUAGACAAGCCUUAGAACAUGUCUACCAAAAUUUUGGAAAUCUUGAUACAUUGAAUUUACCAGUGACUGUUUCAAAAACUGAAGAUUCUCAAUUAAUGGCAUCAUCCGAUGAAGAUAGACUAGCUCAAUGGAAAGAAGCUAUUGAUAAUAUUCAGAAAAAUUUUGAAAUCGCCAGAAACAUAGAAGAUGCCUUCAAGUCUGACUCUGAACAAACAAACUUACAGUCUACUCAUAAAGACGAUUCUUCAAAAAUAAGAGAAAGUGAACAUACUGAAUCCACCUUUAAUGUUGACUCUAAACUUAAAUCAAAUACUGGGAGCGACGUAGGAUUGCUAGCAGAUGAAUCCGAUGCAUUACAAAAGCAUUCGGAUUUCGAUAUGUUCACGGCUCCUUCAGAACACAAGGAAUUAAAAAUUAAACUACACAGUGACAGUUUAAAGAGCGAAAAAAUUACUGAAGAGCCUUUGAAUGACCAUGAAAGUGAGACAAGAAAUACUCAAAAAUCAAACGAACACACGUUAACAAUGAAAAGCUCUGAAUUUACACCAACGGUAGAAGAGUCUUUAAAAACAGAAGGUGUAAAAUCUGAUGAUCAUCAAGAUAUUCGUGAUCAUGCUCAUAAACAACAAUUAAAGGCUGUAAAUGACUUUAAUUUGGAAAGUGAAAGCAAAACACAUGAUAUGGAAAUGAAAACAGAAAAAACCGCACUAUCGGAGGUAGAAGAUAUGACUCCAUUAGUAAUAGAUAAAUCUAGUGAUGAUAAGGUAAACUUGGCAAAAACUGCUCUACAUGAUAUGUCAAUGGAAGCCAGUGAUGUAAGCCAACACCAAACUCACUCGGAAGUGAAACAUAGCUUGAACAACGAAAUGGAAAAAUCAACUCACAAAGGAGACUUUAUCGAAGCAAAAACAUCGCUUACCGGUGGACAAGCAAAAUCAGUGCACAAUAUUGAUGAAGAUCACAGGCAUAUUGAGAGUAUAAGUCAUGGAAUACAAGAAAAGGAAACAAAUAUACCUCACAAUACUCAUAUAAACCCUUUGAACACUAUGCGUUCUGCGGAUGGAAAGUUCAUUAAAUUAUCAUCAACUAAAGGAUUUAAUAAUGAACACGAAAGUAUCAAUACACAUUCUUUGAUGAAAUUGACUGAAGAUCAAAAUAUGGAACACAAAGUUAAUGAAAUGCAUCGUAAUGAUCAUUUAGGGAUGCGAAUGACUGAAGAUCAGAAUUCCUUCUUCAUGCGUUGGGCAGAUGAAAAUCAACAAAGAGCCCAGGGAUCACCAUUAUCAAUAACGGAAGAUCUCACUACGCCUACUAAAAUAGGUGAACUUAACAAUGGACAACAUUUCCAUAAUGAACACACAGGUAUGCGUUUAAGCCAAGAUCACAACACAGGACAUCAAUUAACUGAGGAUCAUGAACAUCCUUUAUCUAUGCAGUGGGCUCAAGAAAAACAGCAAAAUAGUUUGACACAAAUACAAAAUCUACUGAAGGCAAACGCUAAAACCGCAUUUCCAGAAACUAUGAGAUUGAAUCAGCACCAGAACAUGCAGAACAAAGUAACUGAUAAUAAUAAUUUACGAGACCUUUUCUCAAUGCGACUGGCUCAAGAAAAACAUCAACACGAUCAUCUGAAAUCCUUAUCCGAAUUUCACGAUGGACAUAUACAUGAAGCAUCCCAAAAUGGAUUUGCUCAUAAUUUAGUUAACACUCAUGAUUUGUCUCAACUUGGUCCAAGAAUGCAUGAGCAUCUACAUAUUAUGAAACACGCGAUGGCGUCAGAUAUGGAUAGUGCGAUGCAGCCAAGCAUGCACAUGAAUAUGAGAGGUGCUAUGGGAAAACCAGCUUUUGAGCAUAAUGAUAUGCCAUGGAAUCACCAUCAUCAUGCCACGGCCAGAUAUGGUUCAGGAUUACCUAUGACUGGUGCAAGUCCCGGUGCGGUUGGCUUGUUCCCUAAUGCUAACACUGGAGGUUGCGGUAUCCCGUUGAUGUUGAGCUGCUCGCCUUCUGUUGUUCCAGGUACUUUGGCCAAAACUCAAGCCCAUCCUGGUACAAUCACAGCCCCAGCUUAUAGAUCUGAAGAUGAUCUCGUGUAUUAUAUGAAGCGAGACGCUAAGGAUACUGAAGAACUACCAACUAUCAAGGUUCAGAAGUCCUCGAUACCUUUCAAUCACAAACCUGAGUUGAUUUUCGAUAAAACACAAUAACGGUAUUAUUUGCUUUCAAUUUUGGAACGAUAAAUAAUUUAGCGGAAUA